CACCACUCCGUCACCUCAGUGCCGUCUGAGCGUGAGGAGCGAGCGGACGUAUGUCACAGCCGCUCCUGAGUUCUCUUAGCAGCGCUUUGGCUCCCGACGAGAGAGUGUGGCUGCCUUUCACGAGUGUUUGCAUUUGCUUUGGCGAACGAAGCUCAUGUUUGCUGGCCGUUGCAUCUGCAGGAUGUGAAUUGAUGUGACAGAUUAAACCAUCCAUCGCAGAUCAGACUGAAGCGAGAGAAAGAGGAGAAUAAAGUUACGAGAAUAUAAUUUAGAGAUCGGUGUCAAAAUGCUGAGCGAGGUCCAGUACGUGGCCCUGGGCCUGGCCGUGCUCCUCACCUCGACCAGCGCCCAGCUCGGCCUUAACGAAGAGAGCAGGCCUCGCAAACGUCCUAGAAAUUUCCUGGCUCUGAAGAUGGAGAAGACGCGCGAGGACCUCCUCCGGAACGUGGACUGCAACGUGGACUGCCAGCACAAGUCGCGCAACCCGGUCUGCGGGACGAACGGCCGGACCUACGACUCGAGGUGCGACCUGGAGCGCGACAUCUGCAAGAAGGUCAAGGUGCAGCUCAAGCAUGACGGCGAGUGUUCAUUGACGGAGAAGUGCAUCGACGAGAGGAGGGCCAAGCAGGAGCAGGUGGACAGAGGGGAGAUGGUGUACGUGCCCACCUGCGAGCAAGACGGGUCCUACUCGGCCGUACAGUGCCACAACUUCACCUUCUACUGCUGGUGUUCCCUCGAGGACGGAAGCCCCAUCGCCGAGACGUUCACGAAGGAUGAGAUACCUAAGUGCUUAGGAGACCACCCGGUAGCCCCGACGAGGCCUCCCUCAGAAGAGCGGUGUCAUGGCAGGAAGAAGAAAUCGUUCUUGGACAACCUGACUAAACUCCUGGUGGAAGGAUACACGAUGCAGAGGAAUACUCGUUCCUCGAGGCCGAGGGAGCGGCUUCGCGACAUGGCCGUCAAGUGGAAGUUCACUGCCCUCGACAAGGACGGCAACAACAUACUGAAGCGCAAGGAGUACCGAAACGUCUGCAAAACGAUCCGGAACUUCGUGAGGCCCCGGAAAUGCGCGAAACUUUUCCCGCGCUUCUGUGACAUCGAUAACAACGGCCGGAUCUCCAGGGGCGAGUGGGUCGACUGCUUCACUGUCGGGAAGACGGAAAAGAGGCCGACGGGUUGCAAGAGAAAAAAGUGCUCCGGAAAUUCUACCACAACGAAACGCCCUGCCCCCUCGUGCGAGCGCGAGCGCGAGGCGCUGCUCCGAGUGGCGGAGAACGACGGCAACAAGAACUUCUUCAUCCCCGAGUGCGCCGCCAACGGGAAGUACCUGCCCGUCCAGUGCUACCGGGCGGGACAGAGGUACAACGCCACGGAAUACUGCUUCUGCAUGGACACGGAGACGGGAAACAGCCUGGACGGCACGGGGGUCACCAAUGGCACUCCCGACUGCUCUCGGCCCUUCCCCCACGUCCGCGAAUGGCCGGGUUGUGGAGGGAAGACCAAAACAAAAUUCUUGUCUGACCUUCAGGAAUACUUGAUGAGUAAGGCAGAUAGUGUGGACAGAAAUGCAGGUGUCGACCUCACCACACAAUCUAGGGAGGAGUAUGCUGCUGUCUACCAUUUUAGAAACCUUGACAAGAAUGGUGAUAAAGUCCUCGAGAGGAAGGAGAAAAAAGCUGCUAAACGAUUCUUAACAAGUGUCCCAAAGCUGAAAAGAUGUGGCAGAAGAAUCACUAGAUACUGCGAUGUGGACAAAAACCGUAAGAUCUCCUUAGAAGAGUGGGUAGCAUGCAUUGUGGUCCCGGAAAGCAGUGGUAGCAGCAGUGGUGGUGGUGUUCAUAAUGAGGCAAGAAGAAGAAUUGAGGACAACCCAAUUCUUAGACACCUCACACCAGAGGACAAGGUUAAACACUUGAAAUAUAGAAAUUGAUAGAAGAACAGUUGCUGGCUGGUUUGCAGAGAGUCAGGGCGAGACCAGGAAAACCCAUUUGAGGUCAUCCUCAAGCCCGUAGAUGGAUGAAGAAGACUUAAAAAAAAAAAAAAUGAAAAGGAUAAAAGGAAGAAUGAAGAAAAAGUGAUCAAAGUAUCUGGACUGGUGUUUUAUGGCAGGGGAGCUCGAGGAGAUAAUAUUGCAGCAUAUUGAAAGAAAUUGAAUGUAUCAUUUUCUGUUGUUUUUAACCUGAAAUACUGAUAGUAUAUCAAUUAUUAAAAUUAAUGAUUUGGCAAAACAUUUUUUUUUCUUAGGCAUAAAGAAUACCAGAGAGAUGAUUAUAUUAUGUAUGUUUCAUAUUAAUUUAUAUAUGUGUAUAUAUAUGUAUAUAUAUAUAUAUAUAUAUAUAUAUAUAUAUAUAUAUAUAUAUAUAUAUAUAUAUAUAUAUAUAUAUAUUUAUGUAUGUGUGUGUGUCACACAGUCACACACACAUGCAGUCACACACACACACAGUCACACACAGUCUCACACAUACACAGUCUCACACAUACACAGUCUCACACAUACACACACACACACACACACACACACACACACACACACACACACACACACACACACACACACACACACACACACACACACACACACACACACAUACACACACAUACACACACACACACACACACACACACACACACACACACACACACACACACACACACACACACACACACACACACACACACACACACACACACACACAUACACAUACACACAUACACAUACACACAUACACACAUACACACACACACACACACACACACACACACACACACACACACACACACACACACACACACACACACACACACACACACACACACACACACACACACAUACACACAGUCUCACACACAGUCUCACACACACAUACAGUCUCACACACAUACAGUCUCACACACACAUACAGUCUCACACACACACAGUCUCACACACACGCAGUCUCACAAAUACAUGCAGUCUCACAAACACACGCAGUCUCACACACACACACACACACACACACACACACACACACACACACACACACACACACACACACACACACACACACACACACACACACACACACACACACACAUACACA